CUACCAGGCGCCCUUUUGUCUCUAUAGAUUUCGUGCACCUUCGCCAUGGACCCACUUAGUGUGACAGCCAGCAUUAUUGCUAUUCUCCAACUCUCGAGUAAGGUCGGCUGCUACCUGAAUGACGUUAAAGAUGUUUCGAAAGACCGUGCGAAGUGCGCGAUUGAGGCGGCCAACCUCAACAGUCUUCUCACAACCCUUAGGUUCCGUCUUGAAGAGGGAAGGUCCAAUACACCAUGGCACACCGCCGUUCGGGCCCUUGCCACUGAAAAUGGCCCACUCGAUCAGUUCAAGCAAGCGUUGGAGGAGCUGCAGAGCAAGCUGACAGGGGGAACUAAGAUGAAAAAGGUAGGCGACGCAUUAAUAUGGAAGUUCAAGAAAGAGGAGAUUUCCAGCAUUUUAGACAGGAUGGAACGCUUGAAGACGUUAGUAGAGAUUGCUUUGCAGAUGGAUCACUACAAACUAUCUCAAGCAAUUAAAGAAGAAUGUAGCCUUAUUCGGGCGCAUGCAUCUACCAUAAACUCUGGGCUCGAGACGAUACGACAGGCCCAAGGCGAUGCACGGCACAGCGAGCUUGUGAAAUGGAUAUCAACGACCGAUUAUCCUGCUCAACAGUCUGAUAUUAUAGGUCGCAGAGAAGAAGGGACAGGGCAGUGGUUUCUCAGUGCUCCAGAGUUUGCUAGAUGGCUCCGUGAUCCAAAAGAGACACUGUUCUGCCCAGGGAUCCCAGGAGCUGGCAAGACCAUGAUAUCGGCCAUUGUGAUCGAUCACCUAUUAAGAACAACGCAAAGCGGUUUAGUGGGGGUUGCGUAUGUAUAUUUCAACUACAAGGCUAAGAAAGACCAGGAUGCUACUAGUAUGCUGGCGGCUAUUCUUAAGCAGCUAGUCCAGAGUCAACCUUCGCUCGUACAACCCCUAGAACAAUUGCACAAGCAGCAUGCCAAAAGAGGGACUAGGCCAUCGAACCAAGAGUGCUCACACGAUGAUGGUAACCGCCACCAGUUCUUGACUCGUAUCCGAACUCUACAAUCUCAGAAUGAUGUGCGUCUUAUGGCUACAUCGCGCUUUAUUCCAGAAAUUGUUCGAGAGUUUGAGAAAGUAGCGAAGCUUGAGGUGCGGGCAACAGACGAUGAUGUGAGGCGAUUUGUGGCUGGCCAGGUUUACCGGCUGCCUAACUGCAUUCAGCGCAACUCUGGACUGCAGAAUAUGGUGAAAGAAAAGAUUGCAGAGGCUGCAGAUGGCAUGUUCCUUCUCGCUCGCCUACAUACAGAUUCACUCUUAGACAAGAGGACCCCAAAGGAUGUAAAGCUAACACUGGGUAAAUUCUCCAAAGGCUCCACAGCGCUUGAUGAUGCCUAUAAGGAAGCAAUCCAAAGAAUAGAAGGCCAGCUACCCAGAGACAACCAACAAGCUAAGACAGUUCUGUCAUGGAUUACAUACGCACAAAGACCGCUUACUACAGCUGAGAUGUGCUGUGCUUUGGCAGUAGAGCAAGAUGAAGAGGAGCUUGACCCAGAAAAUAUACCGGACGUCGAAGAGCUAUUGUCAAUAUGCGCGGGCCUCGUUAUUGUCGACGAGGAGAGCGCUAUAAUCCGUCUCGUGCACUAUACUACACAAGAAUACUUUGAGCGCAUUAAGGAGGAGUGGAAUCCUGGCGCUCAACUUCACAUCGCGUCGACAUGCCUUUCUUACCUCUCAUUUAAUACCUUCCGAGAGGGCAGCAGUUCCUCUGAUCAGAAGUUUGAGAGCAGGUUAGCACAGAACGUGUUCUUAGACUAUGCGGCUCGGUACUGGGGACAACACGCAGCAAAAGUUCAAGAUGAAGUGUACGAGCUAGCAUGCACCUUUCUUAUGCAUCGCGGCUUGAUUUCAUGUGCUGUGCAGGUAAUGACAGCUCCGAAUGAUGGGUGGAAAAUAAAGGGAUACAGCCAGCAGUAUCGGAAAAACACCACAUGGUUACACGUCAUGGCGCAAUUUGGGCUCCAUGCUCUAUCAAAAAUGAUAUUCGAUACAUGUAGAAGAGAUAUUGCCCCCUCUAUCAAUGGCAGAGACAGCGUAAACCAGAGCCCAUUAUAUGUAGCAGCAAAACAUGGGCAGGAAUCUAUGGUGAAGCUGCUGCUUGACAAGGGCGCCGAUGGCGCCAAUGUCAACGCGCAGGGUGGAGUAUACGGCAACUCACUCCAGGCAGCUUCAGAAGGAGGCCAUGAGCAGAUUGUGAAGCUGUUGCUUGACAAGGGCGCCGAUGUCAACGCGCAGGGUGGAGUAUACGGCAACGCACUACAGGCAGCUUCAUCCAGAGGCCGCGAGCAAAUUGUAAAGCUGCUGCUUGACAAUAGCGCAGCCUUCUCGUCUUAA